AUGUAUUUACUUUAUCCUGAUCGACCAAAAUUAAAAGAUGAAAAUUAUUCCAUUCAUCUUGAUAUUUAUGCUAUUAAUCGUUUGCACAAUACGAUUCAAUUUCGAUCAAGUUUCCAUCAUAAAAUUCCAUUUACAUUUUUACCAGUUAAUCGGCUUGUUGUUAGUUUGGCUAUACCGGAAACACAAGCACAAGCAAAAUCAUGUGGUAAUAUUCAGUGUCAAAAUGGAAAAUGCUAUCGGUAUGAAAAUCUCAAUCAAUAUUACUGUCGCUGUAGUCACGGUUGGUUUGGGGAAUUCUGUCAGUUUCGUCAUGAAUGUAAUUGUUCUCCACAAUCGAUCUGUACGGAAACAGGUUGUGUAUGUCCUUUAGGAAAAUCUGGUUCAUUGUGUUAUGUUCCUGAAAUAAUAUCUUGUAAAGAUAUCGUUUGUCAACAUGGUGGAACUUGUAUACCGCAUGGCCAACGAUUACUGGAAAAGGAUUUUCUCUGUAUUUGUUCAGAAGAAUAUGAAGGUAUAUUUUGCGAAAAACGUCGAAUGCGUAUUAACAUUGCUUUCAACAACAUUCCAAUACCAUCUACAAUACUUAUUCAUUAUUUCAUCUCACGAAACUCUCGAAACCCAGAUCGUUUAACAGAAUUCAAGCGAAUCUCUGUAUAUGAAAAUGUUGCUAUCUUCUAUCCGUCUAUGCGAUAUGAUAUGGCUUUUGUUCAGUUGGACAAUAAUUAUUAUCUCAUUUUCCAAGAUUCAAUGUCUGCUUUUCAAGAUGUAAGCACGACUGUUAUUCCGUCAAAUAGAUGCCCAUAUAUUGAGGAACUACUUGAUCGCACUACGUUCCUGUUUCAUCCACUAAAACGUAUCAAAUAUUACCAUUUAGUAUGCCGAAAUAAUAUUAAUCUUCGGUGUUUUUAUGAUCCAACACAAAUAUGUUUAUGUACAAAAAGCCAUUUGGCGAAUUGUUUUGACUUCAAUCAUACUGACACAAGUUUAUGUGAUGAGAAUAACUAUUGUGAAAAUAAUGGACAAUGUUAUGUUAAUGAUUUGACAUGUCCAACAAAAUCUAUCUGUGUAUGUCAAGAAUGUUAUUAUGGUACAUUGUGUCAGUUUACUACUUCAGGUACUGUUCUAUCAUUAGAUUCUAUUAUUGGUUAUCAUAUACGAUCACAUUUAUCAUUUUUUAAACAAUCUUUUAUCAGUAAAUUAAGCACAGGAAUUACAAUAUUAAUGCUUGUAGUAGGUAUUAUCGGCAAUCUUCUAUCAAUAAUGACAUUUUCACGAAAGAAAACACUUGAAGUUGGCUGCGGUAUCUAUCUAUUGUCAUCUUCAAUUCUGUCAUUUUUGACAAUGAAUAUAUUUGCAUACAAAUUUUGGAGUUUACUUGUAACACAAAUGUCAUUAAUAACGAAUGACAUAUUUUUACGUGUAAAUUGUAAAAUAAUUGAUUUUUUAUUGAGAUUUUUACCGACAACCAUCGAAUGGUUGAAUGCAUGUGUUGCCAUUGAACGAGCUCUUAAUAUAACAUUCGGUAUUCAUUUUAACAGAGCAAAAAGUAAAGUUUGGGCAAAAUUUACAACUAUUAUAGUUGUAUUAAUCAAUAUUGUUAGUGCUAUACACGAUCCAAUCAAUCGACGAUUGCUUGAAGAUACUGAAGAGCAACAUAUCUGGUGUAUUGUUAGUUACACACAUUCAUCAUGGUUGACUAUCUAUAAUAACACUGUGAACAUCAUUCAUUUCAUUGUACCAUUUGGAAUUAAUUUCACAUCAGCUUUUGUUAUUAUUGUGAUUACAGCACGCCAACGGUCUGCUAUUCGUAAGAAUCAAACAUAUGGUGAACAUUUGAGAGAACAAUUUCAGCAACAUAAACAUUUACUUAUUAGUUCAUCUAUCCUUGUUAUUUUAGCUCAACCAAGACUUAUUAUUUCGUUUUUCUCAGGUUGUGUAAAAUCAGCUCGUGAUCCAUGGUUGUUCUUGGUGGCGUAUUACAUUUCAUUCAUCCCAUUAGUUUUAACAUUUCUGAUAUUUGUGAUACCAUCUCAAACAUAUAGAACUGAGUUGGGUACAUCAUUGAAAUAUUAUCGUGCAGCAAUUCGCUCUUAUUUUCAUACGGAAUAUAUGUCGCGGGUUUUCUUUUCGUAUCUCAAGUAG